GAGGGGUGGGAGGGAGAGAGAGCGAAAGAGAGAAAGAGAAAGCACAGCGACACGGGCAGAGGCGAUCGCAGCCGAGCCGAGCCGAGGCGAGCGCAGCGCGGCGGAGCAGCAUGGCGGGGCCCAGGGACCUCCGACACGGCGGCCGCUGCCACGGCAAAACGUGGAUAAAUGUCCUCUUCGGGCUCUUGCAGCUACUUUUGCCCUGCAUCCGGCAGGGAGAGGCACAACUACAAGCAUUAGCUCAAAUGGCCAGCGUGGUCGAGGUCUGGGAGGCUGAAGAAGCAGAGCUCCUGCUCCCAUCACAGGGAGAGGAAGACCAGAGCACAGAAGGUCUUCCGCAGGAGGGAAGCUCCUUGUUUGACACGCGGGAGAGCAUGAGCCCCCUGUCAUUCCAGCCACCAGCUCUGGCCUACGGGGCACAGCCGCUGGGGUUGCCCCGAGCAGAGACUGUGCACGUUCACAACCCGAGCCAGGAGCUGCCUGUGACAGUGCUGUCCAUGUUCACGCCCAGCAGGCAUUUUCACACGCCCUCGUUCCACAGAAGGGUGAUUCCGCCACGGGGAAAGGCUUCCUUUAAGUUAAUCUUCUUCCCAACGGAGGAGGGCAGUGUAGAAAGUACCUUAUUUAUAAACACCACUCUGCAUGGUGUCCUCUCUUACCAGGUGUCUGGGGUUGGAGUUCAUCACGGCUCCUCAAACGUUGCCCAGAACAGGGACGGAACGCUAGUUUUCCCGCACAUACAGAGCAUUAAACUGACACAAACUCAGGGCGAUGCAUCAAAUGUCACGAUCCUGGGGCUGCUGAUGGAGUCGACACUGCCUAAGAACUACGUCGGCCAUCCCCAGGGGUCUUGCUUCCAAGCGGAGCAGAAGCUGGUGGCUCAGAUCAGCCUGUCAGAGAGAGGAGAGAAACACACAGACCUGGAGAAGCUGAAGCCUUACGUCAUCGAGAACAUCCUGGUCCUUUUCGUCGUGCCGCCGGCAGCGAACUCUCUGCGAGUGCCAAAGAUAAAUAUAUACAUGUUAAAUUCUGGAGUCAAAAAAUUAUUUGUGAAGGAGAUCCAGCUCUUCUCCAAAGUCGACAGCACUGCUGAGUUCAAGCAGGUCCUGCUGCGGGCCUCCAGCACCAACUUCACCCAGGUGGCUUCGUUAGUCUGCAAAGGGCCCUUUCCUGCACACGGGAAAAAGUGUUUCAGGCAAAUCAGUUUGCAGCUCUUGCGAAACCACACAGUGAAGUCCCAUCCAGCCUUUGGGAUCCACAGCAGGGACCUGAGGGAUGGGUCUCCUGUCCAGUUCCACAUCAGCCAGACGGGCGAAGACCACGCCGACAUCUGGCUGACCAGCCCCCUCGACUUCAGCUUCGAAGUGCGGAACGUGACGAUGACGCCGGAGAUGGAUGGCCUCUUGGAGGUGGUGAACUUCAGCGGGCCGCUCACCGUCCAGCCAGGCUGCUGGAGGCUGCUUUCGCUUCAGCUGGCUGGCCGGACGCUGCCUGUCAGUGUGGUCACCGCUGUGACACUAGACACCAGUCUGGGCGUCUCGCUGGAACUUCCCCUGCACUUUCACUUCCACUCCUCCCUUACCAAGGGGGACGUCGUCUUUGAGGCCAGCGGGGAAUGCGGGAGACCCUGCCGGCUCCGGCUGUCCGAAUCCGGUCGUGCCCAAUGGCAGCGCUCCUUCCUGGACUCCGCCUCCUCCUGGCAGACAGACAGCAUCCUGGCCUCGGAGCUCUGCGCCCGCUGGCGGAGCCACAAGAAGAGGCUCACGUGCAGCUGGCCGCGACUCCCAGUGGAAACCAGUUCCCCUCUAGACUUUGGCGCCAGUCCAGUGAAUGAGAGCAAGGUAAAGUUCUUCACCCUGAAGAACCCCUCAUCCCACCCUGUGUCCGUGGAGCUGAGGCCCUUGGCCUCAUACUCGGCUCCACUGGGGGCCCUGGACCUGCUGACCAAGUGGUUCAACAUCAGCCCGCUGUCAGUCAACGUCACAGCCACGGAGUUCACCUUACUGAAGGGGAGUGGUCAGGAGGAGUGGCGGACAGCAGACGGGGCUCUGCGACUCCUCCUCCAGCCCCUGGAGAGCAGGGAGGUGGGCGUGUCUUUCACCCCCGCCGAGCACAAGUCUGUGACCUCGCUCAUCCUCAUCAGAAACAACCUGACUGUGUUCGACGUGGUGAUGGUAAGGGGUCAAGGCGCCAGGGAGCUGCUGCGCAUCGGGGGCAAACUGCCCGGCCCCGGAGCCUCGCUGCGCUUCAACGUGCCCCAGUCCACGCUGAUGGAGUGCAGAGAUGGGCUGAGGAGCAAUAAGCCUCUGUUCGCCAUCCGGAAGAGCUUCAAGGUAGAGAAUGCAGGGGAGCUGCCCCUGACCGUCGAGUCAAUGAACAUCAACGGCUAUAAAUGCCAGGGUUUCGGGUUCGAGAUCCUGCAGUGCCGCUCUUUCCAGCUGGACUACAACUCCUCUUCAGAAAUCAACAUUGUCUUCACUCCCGACUUCACAUCCUCCUGGGUGAUCCGGGACAUGACCUUGGUGACGGCUCGUGGUUCCACCUUCCCCUUCACGCUCAACGUGACUCUGCCCCACCACAUGCUGCCCCUGUGUGCACAGGUGGUGCCCGGACCCAGCUGGGAGGAGACUUUCUGGCUGGUCACCAUCAUCUUUACAUGCCUUUCACUAGGGGGCGUCUGUCUGAUGGCGUUCCACCGAGCCCAGUACAUCCUCAACGAGUUCUCGUCCCCUGGUCCCCGGAGCAAUCACCACAACUCGGUUCUGUCCCGAGAAAAUGGCGUGGUGAACGCAGUGAGCCCCCCCACAGCAAACAAAAUAAAAGGCAGUUGCAAGACCUUUGUGGACUCGUGCAACACGUCAGACAAAGGCAAAGGGAAGGGCUCCCUGGCCGUGGCCAACACCCCUGUCCGGAGCCAGGCCUCCUCCAAGAAGGGCAGUGGUGCCCUGUCACAGCCUCAGAGGAAACACAAGGCCUCGCUCUACUAUGGCAGGUACAAGGUCAGCUCCCCGGCCUCCGCUGCCACGGCACUGGUACCCUCUACGGAGGAGGAGGAGGAGCGCGGCCCCGAGUGCGGCUUCCAGCAAGACCCGGAGACCUGCUGCAGCCUUAGCAACGGUGCCGAUGAGGCAGGCGCCGCGCUCCCCCCCGCCGCGGAGGAGAAGCCGGCUUGCCUCGAGGAAUCGAGGAAUCACGAUGCCAACGAGGAGAAGGAGCCGACUCGCGUUAUGUUUCCCAUGGAAACGCAUUCCGGCUUCGCAGAGAGCGUGACCGCACCCCCGAGCCCCCGGCCAGGCCCGCUGGCGUGCAGUCCAGCUGAGAGGCCCCCUGCUCCGAGCGAGCCCACUCCAGAGAGGAAGGAGCCCAGGAGGAGAGACGUGGUGGAGGUGGAGCCGAGAGAGGAGUCCCACAUGCUCGAGGUGCCGCAGCCUGAGAAGGCGGAGCUGGUUGCCAUGGCCAACGGCAGCUGCAAGGGGAAGAAGAACGCGGGCAAGAAUCGCCGAAAGCCCAGUGACGCCGUGGCCGGCAUCCCUGAGCCCAUCGUGGUCGUGCUGUCAGAGAAGAGCAGGGACCUGGAGUGGAGGGACAACCGGACCGCUGGCCGGGCCCGGAACCACUGUGCCAACGGGAAACUGGACACGCUCAAGUCGGGACCCGGCUCGGAAAGCCUGGUCAAACAGCUCCAGAAUGGCGCACGGAUGACCCGGUCGCGGCGGAAGGGCCCACAGCGACGCCCCCAGUGGGAGUCCGGUUCCGACUCGGCCAGUUCCUCGGGCAGCGUGCGGGCCAGCCGGGGCAGCUGGGGAAGCUGGAGCAGCACCAGUAGCGUGGAGGGGGAGCGAGACACCAUCGGCAAACACCACUGCAACGCUGCCGCCCCCCCCACCAGGAAAAGGGACAACAUGCAGCACAUGUACUACCCCGAACGGGACUGUCACCAGGCACUGAACUCCGGCUACAAGACGACGAGCAUGCAAAGCCUGCACAGGAGGGACCCCUGCCAGUCGCCGGAACCUGCCCCCACCCCCAGCUUCAGCCCCAGCUUUGCGGCGGUGGCAGCAGCCGGAGUAGACAGGAACGCAGAUACAGCCUGCCCCUACCUGAGGGAUGAGAAGUGGGCGGCACCCUCUGUCCCUCUCACCAAUGAGUUCCGGUACAACACGACAGAAUCCCUGUCAGUCGUACCUCAGGCAUCAACCUCUGGCUCAUACAGUUGUUUCCCUUGGGGCUUCGCUGACAAUCCAUGUGCCAACCCGUAUCCAUACUGUGAGCAGAACAGCUACAUGCCAGGAAAUGCACAUCUCCAGAACAGUUUUACCUGCCCAGAGAGCAAAAGCAUGGCCUACAAUGACCAUCCCAGUUGGACUGAAGACAGCGGCCAGGACAUGCCUGCAACCUGGAUCUCGCCAAAUUGCAUGGCCAGCAAGCCUUUUUUCUCCGGUACCAGGAGUUUAUCCCCCAUGUCGGGUCUGUUCGGGUCCAUUUGGACCCCUCAAAGCGAGCCGUACCAGAGCACCUUCCAGCCAGAGCGCUCACUGCCCCCUUCGCCGGAGUCCCCCUUCGUCCGGGAGCCCGUGGGAUCCAGCAGGCCAAAGCCGUUCUCCAAUUUCAACCCCUUCGGCCCUCACAUGAACUUGGACAUUUGGAACUCGUCCUCUAACCGCAGCUCCAACUCCCAGCUGUCAAACGACUCUGGUUACUGUGGAGACACCUAAACAGAAUAUGCUUUUAUUGAUAACGUGGGGAGGGAGGGGGGCAAUGUGAAUUUAAGCGUUUUUUUUUCCUUUUUAUUUUUCCCCCCAAAUUCAAUGUUGUUAAGCGUUUGUGGUAUAUUUUUCUAGGUGUUUUGCAGAUUUGGACUUAGAAAAUUAAAAAAAAACAAAGGUUUUGUAA